ACAGAGCCAGAAAAAGCAAGCUCAAUGUUCAGUUUGUUUCAGUUAACUCGCGGAGAAACUUCGUCGGGGCAAGAGCUUAAACUUUAAAGAAAAGUGAAAAGUCGUGUUGCUUGUUGGCUUGUUUUGGUUUUUCGGGCUAAGUGUCAAUGUGCUAAUGAGAUAGAUUGGAUGAUGUGCCGCAUUCGAAACACCCAUUUUAUUCUUCUCCAAUUGCAUACUGUUUUAUACAUAGCACAAUGCUAUUAACUGUUAUGAUUAAAUAUUUGCAUUUUGAAAUAUAUUAAAAUGGGAGUUUAAAAGUUCGUUUACUCUGGUGAAAGUGUGCUAACGGUUUUGUAUGCCUUCAAAUACUGCCGUGACGAAACACAGUCUCAGCAAUAGCAAUACUGCUGGGCCUCAGAAAACUUAUCUCACUGCAAGUCAUAUGCAUAGGGUAUUAAGUGCAACACAAUAUAUUUAAAAAUUAACAUGCGGCUUUAAUGAUUUGAGUAUUUGUGUACGUAAAGCGUGUUCUACUAUUCAUAAACUUUUGACUCCCUUUAUACACCUAGUACGAAUAACCCGAAUAAAAGAAUAAAGGAAAAGAUUUUGGAUUAUGAUUCCAUAUAAUUUUAUGAAAUUAUACAAUAACUGCAAUCGAUUCGGUAAAAGAUAUUUAGAUGAAAUGUAAUUUUUACGUUCUGCGCCGAUGUUUCAACAUGCUUUCAAAAAUUGCAUUGUUUCUUAUUAUCUGGAGUUGCGGCACAUUGGCUGCGGACAUCCUAAUGGCUACACAAGGCGGAACGAAGUCACACAAGAUACCAUUCUGGGAGUUAGCUAAGGGAUUAAUAUCCAGAGGACACAAUAUUACCUUUCUAAGUGGAUUUCCUGCUGAUUUCAACAUUGAAGGACUGCAUGAGAUAACACCAGCCGGCCUAGUUGAAUAUAUCCACAACUAUACCAAUUGGGAUCUUUUGGGCUCACGAAUGGCUGGAGAAAUGCCCAUUAAGCCCUGGGAUGGCCUGCGAUACGCUUUUGAAGUAAGUUCGAAAUUUAAACUGAUUUUAGAGUAUCAGGAAUAUAAAGAAGUGAAUCGACCCUUUGCAAAAUGA